AUGACGACCUCCAUGUUCGUUCCAACCGGAAAACUGCUGAGGCCGUCAUCCAGUCAAAAGGGUGACGGAGACGCGAUGAUUCAGCUGCUUUAUCUGACGGACAAGUCUACAUCCUCACGUUAUCUCAUCGAUACGGGAGCUGACGUCUCUGUGAUGCCUCGUGCUGCCUAUGCACGAGGUGACCAUUCUUCACAGAUGAAAUUGUUCGCCGCAAACGGUACGACCAUUCCAACGUUUGGCCAACGCCUGCUGAAAUUAAACCUCGUACUCAAAAGAGAGUUCAGCUGGCCUUAUAUCAUCGCUGCCGAGCCUCAUCUAAUUAUCGGAGCUGUCCUCUUACGCAAUUUUGGCUUAUUAGUAGACGUCAAAAAUGCUGCAGUAAUUGAUCCUUUGACCAAGUUGCAAACAAGAGGUACCCGGUAUGCUGGGAAUGCUUCAACGGUAAAGGUAAUUUUAGAGAACUCUGAAUUCCACAAUUUGUUGUCAGAAUUUCCUGCUCUGAUUAGGUCAGGUGUCACGCCAAGAAAAGUGAAGCAUGGAGUAGAGCAUUGGAUACAGAUAAAAGGACCGCCUAUUUUUUCGAAACCUCGACGUUUAUCGCCAGAGAAAUUGAUAGCUGCAAAGCAAGAGUUCGAAUUUCUGGUAGCAUCAGGGGUUUGUUAG